AUGAAGGAGGUCUAUGAAGUGAUGGAGUUGUCAGGCCCUGGGGGGAAAUCGGACGAGAAGACUUUCUUAAACGAUGUUCUUCAGCUGGAAAUAUCUGGACCAGAUGAGGAUCACUUGAGUGUCAUCGACGUCCCUGGGAUAUUCAAGAAUACGACUGAGGGCGUUACGACCAAAAAUGAUAUCGAAACGGUCCGUGACAUGGUGUAUAGCUACAUGCGAAACCCUAGGUCUAUUAUGCUCACGGUCGUGCCAGCGAAUGUUGAUAUCGCCACCCAGGAAAUUGUUGAGAUGGCCAGGGAGCUAGAUCAAGACGGCGAGAGAACUCUUGGCCAGGAUUUGCUUGAUCAAAAUACAGACCGGCAAUCGGAAACGCGUUUCUUCCGUGAUGUGUCGCCAUGGAAUACUUUGGAAAAAGAACGCGUUGGCAUCAGUGCCUUACGUACACGCUUACAGGAAGUUAUCACCACUCGGAUUCGCCAUGAGUUUCCAAAGGUUAAAGCUGAAAUUAGCAAGCGUUUGCAAGUCAGUCGCCGAAUGCUUCAAGCGCUUGGCACUGAACGCGAUACUCCCGAGAAGCAGAGGGCAUUCCUAGUUGGUUUGGCGACGCAGUACGAAAGAGUGACUUCCCACGCAAUGUCUGCUAAUUAUGGGGCAGAUGAUCUCUUCGACAAGCAUAAAGAACUGAGAAUAGCAACUAUAGUCGCCCAAAGAAACGAUGUCUUCUCCAGCAAUAUGGAGUUCUGGGGCCAUGAACGAGAUGCUGAUUCGGACGACGAGAUAUUUGAUGACAAACGCAAGAAGAAAGUCAACAUUCGGACAACCACCGACAAAGACGACUUAGAGGAUAUUAUACAACCCCAGGAAUACUUGCUCUCACCUUCUUUAGGUAUCACGUACUGGUUGAAGACCUUAUAUCAAGAUUCCCGUGGAUUUGAACUAGGAACAUUUGCGUCAACUCUUCUGCCAGCAAUUAUGAAAGAACAGUCCAAGAAGUGGGACUUAGUAGCAUUAGGCUACAUCAGCGAUAUUAUGGUCAUGACGCAUUCAUACGUUCUCUGCCUCCUUGAAGCGAUCUGUGUUGAUGAACGAAUUAAGUCGGGCUUGGUGUCUGUCCUUAUGGACGGUCUACUUGAUAGGUAUCGCAAGGCGAGGGACCAGGUAGUAUUUCUGCUCAACAUCGAAGAGAUCAAGCCCUCCAGCCAUAUUAAAUGA